AUGACCAACAGUUCUACCUUCUGCCCAGUUUACAGAGACCUGGAGCCAUUCACAUAUUUUUUUUAUUUAGUUUUCCUUGUUGGAAUUAUUGGAAGUUGUUUUGCAGCCUGGGCUUUCAUACAGAAAAACACAAAUCACAGGUGUGUAAGCAUAUACUUAAUUAAUUUGCUUACAGCCGAUUUCCUGCUUACUCUGGCAUUACCAGUGAAAAUCAUUGUCGACUUGGGCGUGGCACCCUGGAAGCUGAGGAUAUUCCACUGCCAAGUAACAGCCUGCCUCAUCUACAUUAAUAUGUACUUAUCAAUUAUCUUCCUAGCAUUUGUUAGCAUUGAUCGCUGUCUUCAGUUGACAUACAGCUGCAAGAUUUAUCGAAUACAAGAACCUGGAUUUGCCAAAAUGAUAUCGACUGUUGUAUGGUUAAUGGUCCUUCUUAUAAUGGUGCCAAACAUGAUCAUUCCCAUCAAAGACAUCAAGGAAAAGCCCAACGUGGGUUGUGUGGAAUUCAAAAAGGAGUUUGGAAGAAACUGGCAUUUGCUGACAAAUUUCAUAUGCAUAGCAAUAUUCUUAAAUUUCUCAGCCAUCAUCUUAAUAUCUAACUGCCUUGUAAUUCGACAACUCUACAGAAACAAAGAUAAUGAAAAUUAUCCAAAUGUGAAAAGAGCUCUCAUCACUAUACUUUUGGUGACUACAGGCUACAUCAUAUGUUUUGUUCCUUAUCACAUUGUCCGAAUCCCAUACACCCUCAGCCAGACAGAGGUCAUAUCUGACUGCUCCACCAGGAUUUCACUUUUCAAAGCCAAAGAGGCCACACUGCUGCUGGCUGUGUCCAACCUGUGUUUUGAUCCGAUCCUGUACUAUCAUCUCUCAAAAGCUUUCCGCUUAAAGGUCACGGAGACGUUUGCUUCACGUAAGGAGACCAAGGCUCAGAAAGAAAAAUCAAGUUGUGAAAACAAUGCAUAAAAUAUGGGAUUUUCUCAUGCUAUCUUUUCCUGCCUUACUGGACAAUUGAGUGUACAAAACUGCUGGGAAGGAGGGAAAAAAGAGCCUCCAUAAGUAAAAACACAGGCAGCUAGCCAAUGUGGCUUGGUUCACUGAGAAACCCUGUUUCUAAAUGCAAGCCAAGCAGUACUCUUGUGGUUGUUGAUGGUCCUUAACCCAAACGUUUGUACAAAAAACUAAAAAGUCUUGUU